GGGUGAAAUGCUAAUCACAGGUCACUCAGCCUCACUGGCACUGCUGAUAUCAUUUGCUUUUGGUGUGGCAGAUGCCAUUCGAAGUUUGAAAGGUGGACCCCUGAUCGAUGCUGAAGGAAGGGAAUAUAAAUCUGCCACAUUAAGAGCUGAUGCAGAAGACAUUAGUGGACCACAACUCAAUGACGGCUCCCCUGUGCGUGUACGAUGCACAGAAGGCACCAUGAUCAUUAUGGUAAAGGCUGACCUGUAUGAAAAAGGACGUCCAGUGUCUGUUGGGGAGCUUUUUUUGGGAGAAGCUGAGCAUUCACAGAGCAGUCAGUGCCGAGCUGUUGCUGCUGGUGAAGCUGAAUAUGUCAUUGAAGCCAGACUGCAAGACUGUGGCUCCAAGUUAACUAUAUCUGACGACUCUGUGAUCUACUCAAACAAGCUGAUUAUCUCACCAACUGCCCGUUACCAUGGCAUUACAAGGGUCACCCAUGCUGUAGUUCCUGUUUCCUGUCACUAUAAAAGGACACACAUUGUGAGCAGUAACUCUCAGCAGUUACCCCUGAGACCCUCCACUCCUGCAAAGUCUUCCACAGCUGCUUUCUCUCUAAAGCUGAUGGCUG